UAGCUAUUACUGUAGCUAUAUGUUAAUAUUAAUAUAUGUCAAUAUAUUAAAGAAAUUAACGUUAAACGUUAAACAUGAGAGAUCGGACCGCGGAGCAGCGCGCGUGGGGGCGGGGCGUGUCUGAAAGCGGGUGGGAUUGAAACUCCGCGGUGCAGAAGUGAACACUUGUGUAACGUCACUUCCCGGAUGGAUGAGAGAAGGUGCUGAGAGCAGGCUGAUGAUGGUGAUGGUGAUGAUGAUGGAGAUGGUGAGCAGGGAUGUUGGGGGAGAUUUCUGGGCGAACAGCUGAUCUGCGGAUGAUCUGAGAGGCUCCCAUUUCUCCAGAAUGCAGCAGUACUGGUCGGUCUGGUUCUCAGUAGUGAGCUCAUGACCCUCACUGUGAUCAGGGGGGUGUUUUGCUGCAGCUGCUCUGACCCACUCUGAGGGUUUAGCAUGGCCGGACCCUCCACUGCUCCCCGGAAGCGGCAGGUGCGUUUUUCUGCUCGUCAUGAUAUCCUGCUGCUCAGGGAGGUCAUUGCUCAGAACCCCUUCACCUCUAAAGAAUCGGGGCGUAUCUGGGCUCGGGUCGGGGAGAUCAUCACUGCUGCUCUGCAGGACGAGAACUUUGAGGUGGACGGCCGCAGGUGCAGGGAGAGGACUAUGCUGCUUCUGGACUAUUAUAAAAAACAGGACUUUCCCAGUCUGCGCAGAUUCGGCACCGAGAGGCUCUACGCUCAGAAGGAGGACCUGCUCCAUGAAGUUCUGGAGCUAGAGGCUGAGAAGAACCUGAUAGCCAGCGGGGAAGGAAAAUACCAGGAUGACGAGCUGAAGAAGCGAGCGCUGGAAGAGUUAGCUCUGCCUGAGCAGGACAAACCCACCAUGAUCUCGACAGCACCAGCAACUGGUGAGGAGCCAUCAAACAUGUCUGGAGCACUGGAGCCAGACGAUCAGGAGGACCUGGCCGAGCUGGCGGCACCCACAGCUAAGCGUCCAUGCCAGUGCUGCUGCCAGACUUACUCAGAGAUCCUGAGUUUCCUGGAGAAGCGCUCCGAGGCUGAGCAGCGCCUCCGUGAGGAGGAGAUGGCGCUGCGCAGGGAGGAGCUGGAGAUCCAGAGGAGUAAAAUAGCUCUGGAGAGGGAACGACUCGGAGCUGAGAGGAAGGAGCGGGAACGGCGGUUUGAGCUGGAGAGCCAGGAAAGACAGGUCAUCCUCGAUCUGCUGAAAGAGAAGGUGCUGAAGAGCGAGAAGAACUCAGAAAGCUGACUCUUUCUGUCAGCUGGCAUCACUCUUCAUAUAGACACUGUUCUAGAUUGGUAGUACUUUAGGCUACAGCUCAGAAUGAUGAGUUGGACUACAAUGAUUUGGGCAACAACCCAAAGGAUUCACAAUGACUGGUUGUCUCAGCUCAAUCAGAGACUUAUAUUUAUACUUGUCUUAUAUUGGCAGUUAUAUGGUUUAGCAAUGGGAACUACCAGUAGUGUCAACUUGUAACAUAUUGAUCCCCAGAGCCUGUUAACAGCCUUAACAAAAGAGGUUCUGUGUAGUACUAAAAGUGUUUUUAAACUCAUAUUGAUGGUGAAACCCUUUUUUGGUGCUUAAUAGAGCCAUUUUUUUGUUUGCCACCAAUUUGAAAAUAUCUAACAAGACAAAUUGCCAUGACUUUAUAAAGAAUCAUUGAGUUUACAAAGGAACCCUUGAAAAACCCUUAUGUGUGUAUACUAGAGCUGUGCAUUGGCUAGAACUUGAGAUGGGAUACAUAUCACGAUACAGAGGUUCCAAAUAAAUAUUUUGUAAUAUUUUGCGACACUGUAAGCAAGGUGAUUGUUUAAAACUGUUUAAAUUUAAAGAAAAAUCUCAUAGUACAAAAGUCUUAGUUAAAAAGUUAUUUUUAACGCAGUUAUAACGGUGGGAUCUAACGAAAUGCACAACCCUGCUAACUAGUGGUUGGGGUUUAAACACAACAGUAUGACACUUAAUUGAUACAGUAUUGCCAAACAAAAUAUUGCAAUACUUCAAUAUAUCAAUAUAUUAUUACACAGUCAACGUCUCAGAAUGCUGACCUUACUGAUCACCCUGUAACAUCUGUCCUCCAGUAGUGUCCUUGAUCUGGUCUACACACAAUACUCACAAUACUAACUGUCAUCUGGUAAUAUUCUUCUCCUAUAUACUGUUCGUCAUUGUUGUUUUACAUUUUAAAUGCUGAUUUAUCUUAUCAACUGGCAACAUCCCCCACAUAGACAUAACUUAGUUUCCCUAAUAAAAAGUCAACACCGAACUCACGCUAGUUUGUAAUUUCAUCCACCUCUGAAACUUCUUCUUCUGGAGCCUGUUGUGUUUCCAGACUGAGGCCAGAGGUCCAUCCAUCGACCCAUCCUCUUAUCUGCUUCGUUCUGGCCAGGGUCACAGUAUGUCUGGAGCCUCUGUGGAAUCAUUGUACCUGAGCCAGGAAAUUUGGUUGAGGAAGGUGCCAUGACAUCACAGCUGUAUUUUAUCAAUUAGCUUGGAGGUCAUGAUUUAGUAAAUUAAGUUUGCCUAGAAGAUGGCUGUAGAUAUAAGGUUUACCCCAUUUAUCCUAGAAGAUUCAGAGGACAGUAUAUAGAGUGUACAUUAUGCGCAGUAUAUAUAAAAUAUAGAUGCUCUGUCUGAAAUGAUACCACGUUUGCUGUGAACUGAGGUAGAAUGUAGCUGAUUUUGAGUUCAUUCAUGUCUUAUUUACUGUAUACUGCCAAUUUGGCUCUGUACAUGUUGCACUUACAGGUUUUCAGUGACUAACCUAUUUAAAAAAAAAAAGAAAAAGAAAGUAUGAAAAUAAUAACCCAGCACUUUCAUUUAUGUAAGUUAUUUUUUUACCUGAUGAAAAAUCAAAUGUGUUACUACUGAAAUGGAUUGUGAGUCAUUUAGAUUGUACAGCUUUAUAUUGUAAAUAAAAUUCCAUAUAAUUAUUGAAAAA